GCAGAGAGCACACGUCCCGGUGCUGGUUUUCAGUUGAGUUCAGCGGACCAGGGAACCCAGCACAGUGGCCUCAAGAGCAAGGUAUUCACCCAUGGAGGUGGCACCGGGGGAAGCAUGGAUGGUGAGGUUGGAACAGGUCAUUCAGGCCAGCCACAGGUACCAGGUAGGCGUCACUGGGAUCCAGGGAGUGCCAGGACACAAAGAAACAAGAAGAUAAUUCCUGCCGACCACUGUGUCUGCCAUGAUGACAGUAACACCAGCAUUCAGGGGUUGGAGCCAAAGCACAGCAUUGCUGAUCAUCCCAUGGCAUCUCUCACACUGGUGGACAGGAGAGUUGUUCUGAGUGGUCUGUCUGGUGGAGGGUGGGGCUCGGCCGGAAAAUCCAUCCUAGGACCAGAACUGUUUCUGACCGGGUCUGGGUUUGAACCAGUCUCUGGGUCAGCAGAGUUGGAGGGUCAUCACAUCAUUGUGGCUGACACUCCAGGAGUCACAGGCAGAGAUACAGACGGAUGUCAGUUGGGUCAACGAUUCAGAAUCUAUGGGAGACCUGCUGAGCCUGGACCUGGACCUGAACCCAGCUGUGUUUCCUUAAAGAGUGACCAGUCCAAAGAUUUUCCCAUUACCUUUAGAGGACAACAUCCCUCUACUGCAGAGAGAAUCUAUGGGAGACCUGCUGAACCUGGACCUGGACCUGAACCCAGCUGUGUUUCCUUAAAGAGUGACCAGUCCAAAGAUUUUCCCAUUACCUUUAGAGGACAACAUCCCUCUACUGCAGAGAGAGUUGAUCGGGAAAGCUCUGAGCUUCCCAGUGGUCAGUCUUCCCAGCAGCAUCAAAUACAGCUGGACUCCAUAUUUAUGCUGCUGGAGGACAACAUCAUCGCUUUUGUGAAAAAUGAGAUGAAAAAGCUCAAGAAGGUUCUGAAUCCAGAUUACCGAGAAUGCUUAGAGAGUCAGAUGGAAGAUGAGGAGAUGAUGGAGGGUGAGGAUGACAAGCAGAGGAGUAGCAGCAGACAAGCAUUUGUGAAGAUCACAGUGCACUUCCUGAGGAGAAUGAAUCAGGAGAAGCUGGCUGACCAUCUACAGAGUAAACUUUCUGCUCCAGUUCAUCAACAUAAGCUUAAAUCUGCACUGAAGAAGAAGUUCCAGUGUUUGUUUGAGGGGAUCGCUAAAGCGGGAAACCCAACCCUUCUGAAUCAGAUCUAUACAGAGCUCUACAUCACAGAGGGAGGGACUGCAGAGGUCAAUGCUGAACAUGAGGUCAGACAGAUUGAAACAGCAUCCAGGAAACCAGACAGACCAGAAACAACAAUCAGACAAGAAGACAUCUUUAAAGCCUUACCUGGAAGAGAUAAACCAAUCAGAACAGUGCUGACAAAGGGAGUGGCUGGCAUUGGGAAAACAGUCUUAACACAGAAGUUCACUCUAGACUGGGCUGAAGACAAAGCCAACCAGGACAUCCAGUUCACAUUUCCGUUCACUUUCAGAGAGCUGAAUGUGCUGAAAGAGGAAACGUUCAGCUUGGUAGAACUUGUUCAUCACUUCUUUACUGAAACCAAAGAAGCAGGAAUCUGCAGCUUUGAAGACUUCCAGGUUGUGUUCAUCUUUGAUGGUCUGGAUGAGUGUCGACUUCCUCUGGACUUCCACAAAACUAAAAUCCUGACCGACCCCAGAAAGUCCACCUCAGUGGAUGUGCUGCUGACAAACCUCAUCAGGGGGAAACUGCUUCCCUCUGCUCGCCUCUGGAUAACCACACGACCUGCAGCAGCCAAUCAAAUCCCUCUGCAAUGUGUUGACAUGGUGACAGAGGUGAGAGGGUUCACUGAUCCACAGAAGGAGGAGUACUUCAGGAAGAGAUUCAGAGAUGAGGAGCAGGCCAGCAGGAUCAUUUCCCACAUCAAGACAUCACAAAGCCUCCACAUCAUGUGCCACAUCCCAGUCUUCUGCUGGAUCACUGCUACAGUUCUGGAGGAUAUGCUGAAAACCAGAGAGGGAGGACAGCUGCCCAAGACCCUGACUGACAUGUUCAUCCAUUUCCUGGUGGUUCAGGCCAAAGUGAAGAAGGUCAAGUAUGAUGGAGGAGCUGAGACAGAUCCACACUGGAGUCCAGAGAGCAGGAAGAUGAUUGGGUCUCUGGGACACCUGGCUUUUCAUCAGCUUCUGAAAGGAAACAUCAUUUUCUAUAAAUCAGACCUGACAGAGUGCGGCAUCGAUAUCAGAGCAGCCUCAGUGUACUCAGGAGUGUUCACACAGAUCUUUAGAGAGGAGACGCGGCUUUACCAUAACCAGGUGUUCUGCUUCGUCCAUCUGAGUGUUCAGGAGUUUCUUGCUGCUCUUCAUGUCCAUCUUACCUUCAUCAACUCUGAAGUCAAUUUGUUGGAGAAGCAACAAACAACCUCCAAGUGGUCUAAAUUAUUCAACAAACCGAAACAACAAUCUCUCCAUCAGACUGCUGUGGACAAGGCCUUACAGAGUCCACAUGGACAUCUGGACUUGUUCCUUCGCUUCCUUCUGGGCCUUUCACUGCAGACCAAUCAAACUCUACUACAAGGCCUGUUGACAGAGACAAGAAGUAGCUCACAGACUAAUGAGAAAACAAUCGAGUACAUUAAGGAAAAGAUCAGAAGUAAUCUGUCUGCAGAGAAAAGCAUCAAUCUGUUCCACUGUUUGAAUGAACUGAAUGAUCGUUCGCUGGUGGAGGAGAUCCAACAGUCCCUGACAUCAGGACACCUUUCCACAGAUAAACUGUCUCCUGGUCAGUGGUCAGCUCUUGUCUUCAUCUUACUGUCAUCAGAAGAAGAUCUGGAUGUGUUUGACCUAAAGAAAUACUCUGCUUCAGAGGAGGCUCUUCUGAGGCUGCUGCCAGUGGUCAAAGCCUCCAACAAAGCUCUACUGAGUAACUGUAACCUGACAAAGAAAAGUUUUGAUGCUGUGUCCUCACUUCUCGGUUCCCAGUCCUCUAGUCUGAAAGAGCUGGACCUGAGUAACAACAACCUCCAGGAUCAAGGAAUAAAGACUCUGUCUGCUGGACUGCGGAAUCAACACUGUAAACUGGAAAUUCUCAGAGUGAAUGACUGUUACCUAGAGAGAUGCUGGGAAGCUCUGUCCUCAGUUCUCAGCUCCCAGUCAUCUAGUCUGAGAGAACUAGAUCUGAGUAACAAUGAUCUGCAGGAUUCAGGAGUGAAGCUUCUGUCUACUGGACUCCAGGAUGAACACUGGAAACUGGAAACUCUCAGACUGAGUGGCUGUAUACUCUCACAGAGAAGUUGUGAAACACUGUCCUUAGUUCUCAGUUUCAAGCACUCUAGUUUGAGAGAGCUGGAUUUGAGUAACAAUGACCUGCAGGAUUCAGGAAUGAAGCUUUUAUCUGUUGGGCUGCAGAGUCCACACUGUGGACUGGAAACUCUCAGACUGAGUGACUGCAACCUCUCAGAGAGAAGCUGUGAAACUCUGUCCUCAGUUCUCAGUUCGCAAUGCUCUAGUCUGAGAGAGCUGGACCUGAGUAAUAAUGAUCUGCAGGAUUCAGGCGUGAGGCUUCUGUCUACUGGACUCCAGGAUGAACACUGGAAACUGGAAACUCUCAGACUAAGUGGCUGUAGGCUGUCAGAGAGAAGCUGUGAAGCUUUGUCCUCACUUCUUACUUCCCAGUUCUCUAGUUUGAGAGAGCUAGAUCUGAGUAACAAUGACCUGCGGGAUUCAGGAGUGAAGCUUCUUUCUUUUGGACUGCACAGUCCACACUGUCAACUGAAAACUCUAAGUCUAUCAGGCUGUCAGAUCACAGAGGAAGGCUGUACUUCUCUGGCUUCAGCUCUUAGUUCUAACCCCUCCCAUCUGAAAGAGCUGGACCUAACCUACAAUCAUAGAGGAGACUCAGGAAUGAAGCUGCUGUCAGCUGGACUGAAGGAUCCACAUUGGAGACUGGACACUCUCAGGGUGGAGCCUGCUGGAGUCCAAUGGUUGAGAGCCAAAGAUCUGAGGAAGGAUUCCUGUCAACUCACAAUCGACACAAACACAGUCAAUAGAUACCUGAAACUGUCUGACAACAACAAGAAGGUGACAUGCGUCUGGGAACGUCAAUCAUAUCCCGAUCAUCCACACAGAUUUGAUCCCAGGUAUCAACUGCUGUGUAGAAAUGGUCUCACUGGUCGCUGUUACUGGGAAGUGGAGUGGAGAGGAAAUGUUUAUAUAUCAGUGAGUUACACAAAAAUCAAAAGGAAAGGAAAAAGUAAAGACGGUUUGUGUGGAUGGAAUGAUCAGUCCUGGAGUCUGUACUGCACUGACGAUGCUCCUCGUUUUGUUAGGCACAAUAAGAUAAGAACAUUCAUCUCCUCCUCCUCCUCAGUCUCUAAUAGAGUAGCAGUGUAUGUGGACUGUCCUGCUGGCACUCUGUCCUUCUACAGAGUCUCCUCUGACACUCUGAUCCACCUUCACACCUUUAACUCCACAUUCACUGAACCUGUUUAUCCUGCGUUUGGUUUUUGUUCUGGAUCCUCAGUGUUUGUCUGCUGAGUGUCACCCUGUUAGAGAAACACUCUGGCUGUUGAACAGAUAGUUCAGUCUGUAGAUGUGUGUGUCUUUCACUCAGAGACAAUUUUUCAAUCAGUUAAUGAUUUAAUCUGUUCCAAAUGAUUACUUAUGAAGCUACUAGAGGUGGGGUCAGGCACUGAGGAUCCAAACCCUGUUUCAUUCUAUUGAAGAAGACUGGUUUGAAACACUGUAUGACAUCCCCAUGACGAAUAAUGUUUGAGGCUUCGUACUUCACAAUGAAGACACUGAAAGUAAGGUGACUGAUUCAACCUGAUC